UGAAACAAUGAACUUGAGUUGUUAACAAUGGAUCACAAUCCGCCGUUUUUGCCUCGUUUGGGUGUACAUUGAUUCUCUCCAUUUCCUACCAGCAGCAGCGUCUGAAGAUUCUUCACGCCAGCAAUCAUGAUUUUCGGAGCUCUAAGAUCUAUUGUACGACCUGUUUCUCGAUCCAUAUUAAUGUCAAGAACUGCAUUAACCUUUCCUUCCGUCCCUUCUCCGCCUGUCGCCGGCUCACUGAUCCGCCAAAAUCCUUUAUGGAUCAUGGGUUCGAGUCCUUUGCACAGCUUGACGGACACCCGCUUUCCAAAGAGAAGGCCUCAGUAUAAUCCUCUCAGGAAAAGAGCCAGUCUUAGACCAUCUGGGCCAUAUGCUUGGGUUAAAUACGUGCCUGGGCAGCCAAUACUUCCCAAUCAACCAAAUGAAGGAAGUUUUAAGAAUAGAAAUGCUAAGAAAAGAAGGUUACAAAGGCGAGCUUUUAUACUGUCUGAAGCAAAGAAAAGGAAUGCUCUAGUGAGGGAUGCUAAUAAGAAGAAGAAAAUCAAGCAAGUGGAAAGAAAGAUGGCUGCUGUUGCAAGAGAAAGAGCUUGGACUGAAAGACUGGCAGAGCUUCAGCUGCUUGAGAAAGAACCUAAAAAUGCCAUUGUUUGAAGAAAACACAACAACAACAACAAAAACACUUGUUUUUAGUGGUAGCAGAUGAAUGAAUGAAUGCUCUGUUUUUUGGAUCUUCUUCUUUUGCAUUGCUUCUUGUUCGAGUUUGGGUUUUGUGUAAUCAUCUGCUACUUGUUGUUCAGGUGCUUCUCUAUAGUCAAUUUAUUUCUUAGGAAAAUUGAAAUAAUAGGCCUUUAAACCCCCAGUUGAACAGUUCUCUGCCUAUUUGGAAUCAUUUAUGUUUAAUGUAUUCUGUUCUUUUUAUCUACUAAGAUUUAUGAAAUUUGUAUUGGAUUA